ACAUAAGUUUUGUGCAUUCCUUCGACUACUAAACUGAAGUAUGGCCUCGUGAAGCAAAAGUGUGUAAAAUUAAGUUUCCCAGGCCGUGUUUUGCUGGGGAACGUUAAGGAGGAGAAGCUGUUCUUGACUGGUCUGACUACAGGACAACUGGGUUCAAUUCGAGAAGUCCCGGUUUGUGCGGUGCAGCUCGUCAUUUCGCCAGCGCAGUUCGCAUCGUUGUGCAGCGGGACCCUUGGACGAGUAACCUUCCUUAAACGUAGGACGUCAAAGGGGUGGAACGACGUUCUUCCCAGGGUGAGGAGCCGUUGCUGCCUGCUGCAGGUUACUUCAGUUGUGUCGCCCGGAAUCGUUCCGGAAAGAUGGCGGCGAAUACCACAGCCACUGGUACUCAUCCGGCUCAGGAGUGCCAUCUGAAGCAUCCUCCCGAGUUCGAUGGAGGGAAGGUGCAUCCUUGGGUAGCGUCAUUUGAGCAUUUUAUGCGUAUCAAGAAGGUGCCGGAGAGAGAAUGGGCUAACUCUGCGAAGACAUACUUUUCUUUAAGUGCGUGGGAGAAAUGGAUGCGCCAUGAGGGCAAAGAAUUUGAGAAGGAGCCUCAUUCGUGGGAAGAGUUUAAGGAGAAGAUUGAGAAGAUCUUUGGUCACCACGAGAAGGGUGAAGAGAAGCUAGAAAGGGAGGGGAAGAAGAAGCCAUAAUGGCGGAAGUGCAACAGUGCCUACUGAGUGGUCAGUUCAUUCGAUGAUCGUCGAACUCAUCGUACUUCAGUGUAUACAUUUUUUCGUUGUGCAGAGUAACAGACGUAAACAAACAUCAACAGUGUUUGAAGCUGUCCACGUAGUUAGCAUACGA